AUGUGGUCCAUCAGAGCACACGGUAAAGAAAUUGAUCCCAAUCAAAUUUAUGCUGGACAUCCCACCAUGUUCAGUAUGGAACUUCAUCAUGGUGGGAAGUUCACAAAGUUUCCAGGCAUCAAGUAUAUUGAAGGGGUUGUAGCAUACAUUGAUGUGAUCGAUAUAGAAGAGUUCUCAGUACACGAAAUGGACUCCAUCAUGUUAGAUUUAGGAGCUCUAGGUAAUGAUGAUGAUGUACGUAACCUAUCAAAAUAUGUGAGUGAGAACAAACUAAUAAAAGUGUACACAGAGCAUGGAGAAACAACGUUAGUUACCUAUUUCAUGUCCCCAAAUGGUCCUAGAAGGGUUAUAAUAGAAGAGAUUAAAGAUGAGGAACCACCUCAGUCUGUAUCCCCUACUGUAGGGUUGACCUUGGCAAGGUAUGGGCUUUUCACACCUGAGUUGAGUAGGGGCAGAGGUUGGAAACCUACCCAAGGUAGCUCAUCAUGUAGUAAAAAACUUUUCUUAGAUUGGGUAGACAAAGGAGGAAUAAGUGUUGUUGAAGGUGAUCAAGUUGACCUUGUGACUACUAAUGCUGAUGUAGAAAUGGUUGAAAAAUUAGUGAAUGAAGAUGUAGAGGAGGGGCAACCUAUUGCAAAUAAGGGUGUAGAGGAGGGGUGUACUACUAUGAAUAAGCAACACCAAUCAAAUGAAGUCCCUUUUGAAGACAACUAUAGUGUAGAAGAGGAAAUGUUGGAAGAUUUUGACCCUUUCUAUGGGGUUGAAUUUAAUGAAAGUAUUCCAAAAAAAACAUCCAACAUGGCUGAUGUAGAUGCAAGUAAUGAUGAUGAUUCAGAUAGCAGUGAAGACAAUAGUGAAGAUAGUGACUUUAUGGUUGAUGAAGAUAACCUAAUUUCGGAUAUUGAAGUAGACAUGGAGAAUUUUUACAUGAGUAUAGACAUAGAUGCAGAGUACUUGGGGAGUGUGUAUAAGUUUCAUGAGGGUAAUGAUGUUCAAGAGGAAGUAUAG